CUAUUUUGAAAAAAAAAAAAAAAGCAAAAAAAACGGAAGUGGUUGCCUUUUCGCGCAUGCGCAAAUAAAUCGCGCAGCGGCAAAGACUUUGGAGCGGACCAAGAUGGCGGACUGAGCGGCUGUGGCUUUCCGGUUGAGUUUGGAGCAAUGGCGUGAAGAUUGAAGACUUGAGAGCACAUGGACGACUACUGCUAUGCUAAGAUGGCGACGUCAUGUAAAAGAGAACAUGAGAGAGAAUCAGCGCCACCAACUUCCAGCAAAUCACCAACGGAGAAAAAGAUAAAAACCGAAGAUGAAGUCAUCCAGCAGCUGAUUAGUUAUCCAGAGGUACUUCCCACUGAGUCCUGGGUAGGGCGCUGGACUCUGAUGCAGGAGGAUGCACAGCCCCCCCACACCAAAAAGGAAGAGGAGGAACUUUCGAUCCCUCAGGAGGGAGAGUGUCUUCUAAGGCCGGAGGAAGCUGAUCCCACCAAGUCGCCAGUGACUGUUGUCUCUGUGAAGACUGAUGAUGAUGAAGAGAAACCACCUGAGACCUUUCGUUGGUUGUGUCCUGCAGACAACCAGCAGCUGAGUAGUCAUCAAGAAGAACUUCCCUCUCAGCUGCAGUGGGUUGAUUCUAAUCUGAAGCAAGAGCAUCCACAGCCAACCCAAAUUAAAGUGGAAGAAGAACAAUUCUGGAUCACUCAAGAGGAAGAGUGUCUUCUAGGGACGCAGGAAGCUGAUCUCAACAAGUUGCCCCUGACUGUUGUCACUGUGAAGACUGAAGAUGAUGAAGAGAAACCACUAAUUGGACAUCCAGAAGAACUUCCACCUCAGCUGCGGAUUGAGGGCUCCACUUUGAAGCAAGAGAGUCCCCGGCCCCCCCGCUUUAAAGAGAAAAAGAAGGAAUUCUGCAUAAUGCAGGAAGCUGGUCUCACCAAGUCGCCACUGACCGUCUCUGUGAAGACUGAGGAUGAUGAAGAGAAACCGCAACCAGACAAAUUCUUAGCUCCACUAUCAGAUAGUGAGGCUGAAGACGACGAUGAAGAACCUUUGAGCAGCGAUACAGACUGUGAAGGUGAUAUGAGGACUCACACUGACAACAAACAUUCUAAAUGCUCUAAAGUGAAACAUCUGAGCUGCUCGGUGGGUGGUAAAAAGUUUACUCACAAAAAGUGUUUGACCCGACAGAUGAGAACACACACAAGAGAAAGACCAUUUAAUUGUUCAGUUUGCGGUAAAAAGUUUACUCACAAGAGCAAUUUGACUCAACACAUGAGAACACACACAGGAGAAAAACCAUUUAAUUGUUCAGCUUGUGCUAAAAACUUUACUCACAAGACCAGUUUGACUGAACACAUGAGAACGCACACAGGAGAAAAAACAUUUGAUUGUUCCGUUUGCGCUAAAAACUUUACUCACAAGACCAGUCUGAUUCAACACAUGAGAACACACACAGGAGAAAAGCCAUUUGAUUGUUCAGUCUGUAGUAAAAGCUUUUUUCAAAAGAGCCAUUUGACUGGACACAUGACAACACACACACGAGAAAAAUCAUUUAAUUGUUCAGUUUGUGCUAAAAACUUUACUCAAAAAAGCAGUUUGACUCAACACAUGAGAACACACACAGGAGAAAAACCAUUUAAUUGUUCAGCUUGUGCUAAACACUUUACUCACAGGAGCAGUUUGACUCAACACAUGAGAACACACACAGGAGAAAAACCAUUUAAUUGUUCAGUCUGUGGUAGAAGCUUUUUUCAAAAGAGCCAUUUGACUGGACACAUGAGAACACACACAGGAGAAAGAACUUUUAAAUGUUCAGUUUGUCUCAAAAACUUUACUCACAAGAGCAGUUUGACUGAACACAUGAGAACGCACACAGGAGAAAAACCAUUUAAUUGUUCCCUUUGCGAUAAAAACUUUACUCACAAGGGCAAUAUGACUCAACACAUGAAAACACACACAGGAGAAAAACCAUUUAAAUGUUUAGUUUGUGGUAAAAGCUUUUUUCAAAAGACUCAUUUGACUAGACACAUGACAACACACAAGAGAAAAGACGUUUAAUUGUUUUGUUUGUGAUAAAGGCUUUUUAAAGAGCAAGCAUUGACUGUACACAUGAGAACGCACACUGGUGAAAAAACUUUUAAUUGUUCAGUUUGUGAUAAAAGCUUCACCAAAAUACAUACUCAUAUAGUAGUACAGUUGUUAUUAGUGAGAAUAUACUUAUUUUAAGCUAUUUUUGGGUUCAUUGAGGUUAGCUACUUUUACUUGUUUUGAAAAGUCUUGACAAGCCAAAUUUUCUUGUUCUAUUGGCAGAUAAUUUUGCUUAGUUCAAAUAAAAUACCCCUCAUAUUUGUAUUUUUUGUUCUUCUUUUUGAACACUGACUUUUUGCAGUGUAGCGGCAGCAUGUACAUGCUGAAGAGUGCAGGGCCAAGAACCCAACCCUGGGGAACUCCACACGUUACCUUAACAUAGUCCGAGGUCACAUUGUUAUGGGAGACGCACUAAUAAUUAGAACAUUUCAGCUUUUUCUCAUUACAGAACGAUUUUUUUGUACUUUUUCCCCACACUGACAAAAGACAUUUUCGAAACCGGUCUGUGU